CGGCACAGGCGGGGCCGGGGCCGCGAUGCUGCCGGCGCUGCCGGACGGCGAUGAGCGGGAGCUGGAGAGCAGCGAGGAGGGCGGCGGCGCGGGCGAGGAGCGGCGGCCGGAGCGGCACGGCUGCACCUACCACAGCCUCUAUGGCUACCGCAGGUCCGCGCAGCCGGGAGCCGCCGCCGGGGAUGGCAGUGCCGGCGGCGCCGUGGCGCACACACCCUCCGCUGAGGACUUCAGCCUCUCCUUGCUGGACACCAACCUGCCCGCCGAAGCGGAGACGGAGUUGCGCAGUUUCAUCGCUAAGCGCCUUACUAAAGGAGCGCUCUUUGAAGGAAUGGGGAAUGUAGCAUCAGUGGGGCUGAGCAUACCAGAAGGUAAAGUUGGGUGUUACUACUGUCGUUUCCAACAAGAAAGUCUUCUGGAAAUGGCAACGUUGGAAUCAGACAUCAAUGCUCCAGAAUAUGUGGUUUGUUUCUUAGGUGGCUCAGAGAAAGGUCUGGAACUUUUCAGACUUGAGCUGGACAAAUACAUUCAAAAUCUGAAGAUAAAUCUUGAUUUGGAGCAAAAAAACUUGGAGGCCUGUGUUAGCCCAUACCUGAGGAGCUGGUUUGAGGAUGCCAUCUGCCCUAUCCAGAGGGUUGUGCAGCUCUUCCAGGACAAACUUGUCUCUCUGCUACAUGCUGCUCUGAGUUACACUCCUGUAGAAGUCAAAAAUGCAGAUGAAAGAACAGAAAAGGACAUCAGCAGGUUCCUGGCAGCUGCCAGCCUCCAAGGACUUGUCCAGGAAGGCACAAUGACCUCCCUGUGCAUUGCCAUGACAGAGGAACAGCACAAGUCCAUGGUUAUAGACUGUAGUGGACCUCAGCCCCAGCUGCAUAAUGCAGGAAGCAACAGAUUCUGUGAGGACUGGAUGCAAGCUUUUGUGAAUGGUGCUGAAGGUGGAAAUCCAUUUCUCUUCCGGCAGAUUUUAGAAAACUGUAAAUUGAAGGCCAUCCAGGACAUUAACAACCUGAAGAGGUUUAUCCGCCAGGCUGAAAUGAACCACUACGCCUUGUUCAAGUGCUACCUGUUCCUAAAGAACUGUGGCAGUGGAGACAUCCUGCUGAAGAUUGUGAAAGUAGAACAUGCAGAAAUGCCAGAGGCCAGGAAUGUAGUGACCGUCCUGGAGGAAUUCAUGAGAGAAACAUCAGUGGCUUAAAAUUAUCUUAUGUAUAAAUCAUUAAUUUCUUCUGUGCAGUGCAGCUAUUGCUGGAUUUUUAAUUUAUAUUUAAAAGUAUUGCCCAAGUCAAAUCUUA